AUGAAAUUCAGCCCAGCGCACUACCUGCUGCCUCUCCUGCCGGCGCUGGUCCUCAGCACCAGACAGGACUAUGAAGAGCUAGAAAAGCAGCUGAAGCAAGUCUUUAAGGAGCGAAGCACCAUCCUCCGUCAGCUGACAAAAACAUCAAGAGAACUUGAUGGAAUUAAAGUCAACCUUCAGAAUUUGAAAAACGAUGAGAAAUCUGCCAAAACUGAUGUUCAGAAGCUUCCGGAAAUAGGUCAGAAACAAAGAGAACAAAUGAAGUCUCUCCAGGAGUCCCUGGAAAAUCAGCUUAAAGAGACAACUGAGAAAGCAGAAAAACAGCAGGCUACUAUUGCUUUUUUAAAGACUGAAAUGGAGAGAAAGAACAAAAUGAUCCGAGAUCUCCAAAAUGAGAAUAAAAGCUUGAAACACAAACUCUUGUCAGGAAACAAGCUGUGUGGAAUACAUGCAGAAGAGUCAAAAAAAAUCCAAGCCCAGCUGAAGGAGCUUCGUUAUGGGAAGAAGGAUUUAUUAUUUAAGGCCCAACAGCUUACUGAUCUGGAACGAAAAUUAGCUGUGGCAAAAAAUGAACUGGAGAAAGCAGCUCUUGACCGGGCGUCGCAGCUGAAAGCAAUGAAAGAGACGGUACAACUCUGCCUCUCAACUGUUUUCCAUGAUCAACCUCCUCCCCCUUUGAAUCUCUUCAAGCCGAGUCCAACUCGGAUAUCAAUUCCAUCCAUGCCAAAUGACACUAAGAUUGCAGAUGCAAGGACAAGAAGCAAGGCUCAACAAACCACUUCUGAAGCCCAUGAGAGCUCUCAAGUUGAGACUACAAAGGAAGAAUAUCUGAGUACCCCUGAGUGCGAUACUCAAAUUCUUUUACAGGGGAGCACGACCUGUUCAAUGAAGCACGAAGAAAAUCCUGCAAGCAAUGACACUGCAGAAUCAGAACCUGUCCCACAGAAUGUGCCGGUGCCUCCUUGUACUGAAUGCGAAGAGGAAAAAAACCCGGGAAAACAAUUGACCAGCACUGAAGGGAAGGCAAAUAGAGAAGAAAAAUGA